UUCGUGCGGAGAAAUCGUAGGAAUAGUUAUCGAAUGCAUACCGAUAUUUUAAUGAGCAUUCUUGCGUGAGGUGCGAAGUGUGUUAAAGUGAAGGAGUGUGCACAAAAGGUUUAAAGGCUCCAGAACCGCAUUGGCUUCGUGCAAGAAAGCCCGAAAAAUCCAGAAAUACAAAGCCUGGAUGACGGGACAAGUGAAGAGAUACUUUUGAGCAUUAGUGAAAGUGAACAUCAAAUAAAUAGUGUAACUAUGGACAAUAAUAUGGACGGGGACAACUUAAAUCUGAGCUGUGGAGAAAAUGACAUAGUAGAUGAAUUAAAAAUUGCGGCAGAUGAGACGUAUGAUACACGUAGUGAAGUUUCAUCUAGUAGUUCGAAUUCUGAUUCUAGUCAACCCAGUAUAAGCUCUGUUUCAACUAAAUCUUCACGCGGAGAUAAUAAACGCAAUCGGAAGAAUAGGGGAAAGCGCGCUAGGUCCAGAGACUCUAAAUCCUCCAGCCCUGAAACAAAACGUGCAAGGUCUAAAGAGAGCAAAGGAAUUGCUAAGAGCUAUGAUUAUGCUAUAAAAUUAAAUUACUUAUUUAGAGAUGCAAGAUUUUUCAUCAUCAAGUCAAACAAUGCUGAGAAUGUCACCCUGUCAAAAGCUAAAGGGGUAUGGAGCACAUUGCCUCAAAAUGAAGCCAAUUUAAAUCAGGCAUAUAGGGAAUCAAGGAAUGUCCUUCUAGUAUUUUCUGUGAAGGAAUCAGGAAAAUUUGCUGGUUUUGCAAGACUUAGUACAGAGUCUAGAAGAGAUGGAGCACCCAUUUCCUGGGUGUUACCACCUGGGUUGUCUGCUAAAGCUUUAGGGGGUGUAUUUAAAGUUGACUGGAUUUGUAGGAAAGAAUUACCAUUUACAGCAACCUUACACUUAUAUAAUCCAUGGAAUGACGGUAAGCAGGUAAAAAUUGGUCGGGAUGGGCAGGAAAUUGAACCAAGAGUGGCAGAGGAAUUGUGCAGGCUGUUUCCGGAGGAUGAAGGCAUUGAAAUGACUCCAAUUUUAAGAAAAUCAAAGGAAGCAGCGAAGCAUGUUACAAAAUCAUCUCGUUCGUAUCGAGACAGCAGACCUGUUAACAGUAGUUCUAGAUUUUUGCGGACAAGGGGUGGUAGGGGUCGUAGGCUUUUCUUAACUUCACGAUCUCGUUUAGCUUCUUUAGCCAGAGGAUCUCACUUAGCUGGUAAUGAUCAUAGAGGCUCCAGGGAUCAUCAUCAUCAUCGAUAUGCAUCUUGGUUUAAUCGUGGCGAUUCUCCUUACUCAAAGGGAUAUGGUAGUCCUGGAUUAGGAGUGGCCGCGGCAGCUGAAGCAUAUGUCGCGGAUUACAUGCGUACUAUGCAACACCAAUUACCUCCAUUACCACCUUACGCUGCACCUCAUCCCUAUGAUACUUUACCACCACCACCACCCAGGUAUUACGAUGGUUUACCAUUGCCACCUGACUAUAGUGCAGCUGCUUCCGCACUCGAUAAGCGCAGCUACGAGAGGAGUGUAGAUGAAUUUUUAUGGAGAACAGCAAGUCGACACAGUCGACACAGUGACCACCGAUCCUCCCGGGAUCAUCAUCAUAGAUAUAGGGAUCGUAGAUAAGACAUUCUUCACAUUAUCUUCAUUCAUGUAUUUCAUUUCUCAAUUCAUGCACAUAUUGUAAGGGCUUUCAAAGGAA